AUGGCUGAUCCUGAUUAUGAAGAUGUCAAUUACCACCGUAAAAGAAUGCGAUUAGAAGACUCUGGAGCGAAGGAAUUAGCAAUACAGAAGAUUGAGGAUAUUAUCACCAACCAGUUUGAUACAGAAUUACGAUAUAAGGAGAGGGAAAUCGCUACUAUUGAUCAAAGGAUUUACCAGGUUCGAGCAAUGUUGGAUAAAAUAAGAGCCUGUAUCAUCGCCAAAUUUUAUGGUACUCCGAAACCUCUGGAACAGUUAACGGAUCGUACAGCAACAGACCCUGAUACAGCCGAAAAUGAGGAUAUAAUUAGUCGCAAUUUGAGCUCGCAAAAGCUAACAUUUAUUAACCCCAAUCACCCUGCCGAAUCAAUUGUAAAAGAAGCUAGAUUACAGAAUUCGACAGCUACUAAAACUACGCAGGAAUCUAAGGCUAUUCAAGAGAGAUCAUCUAGAAAUGAAGGCGACAUUAGUUCUAGAUUUUAUACCAAAAAGCGAAUUAUCAUCGGCAACACCUCGAAAUAUAUACCAUUAGAUCAACGUGAUGAACAUAAUCAAUCGACACAUAAGUGGAUGGUAUACGUUAGAGGCACAGAAGAGGUGGAACCUGAAAUUCAUCAGUUCGUAAAGUGUGUUUGGUUUUUCUUACAUCCGAGUUAUAGACCAAAUGACUUGGUUAAAGUCAAUCAGCCACCGUUUCAUUUAACUAGAAGAGGUUGGGGAGAAUUCCCAGUACGUGUUCAACUCCAUUUUGUCGAUUCUCAUAAUAAGAGAGUUGAUGUAAUUCAUCAUUUGAAGCUCGAUCGUACUUAUACUGGCCUUCAAACUCUUGGUUCUGAAACGAUUGUCGACGUGGAAUUAUACCAUGAAUGGAAAACAGAUGUUGAUACUGUCAGCAACGCACCGGUAAGCCCUGAUAAUCUUGAUGAAAUUGUGGAUGAGCUGAUUUCAAAAGAUAGUAAUCCCGAAAUCGUUGGUGACAACGAUAUGUUUGAACAAGUUACGUCUCCUGAUACAUUCAAAUAUGAACCAGAAAUUGAGACAAAGUUUGAUUUGGAGCAAUUACUAGAAGAAGGGGCUAAAGUUUAUCAGUUAAUAUCUGAAAAUUCGACUCCUCUUUCACAACCUUACUGUGCGAAGAAUUGUGAAACUUUUUUUUCGUGGAACAUUGGAAAACGAAGAGCAGCAGAGUGGCAAAGAGCGAUUGAUAUGAAAAAAUUUAUUGGAUCGCAUAGCCCCGGUCUAGUGCAACUACCAACUACCAAGCAGAUUACGAUUUGGUGUCGUCAACAUGGAUACACACCUGUAGACUUGAAUAGCAAGCGAGAUGGAGGUAUAGCUAACUUCUGUCACAUAUGUGGUCGACUUCUUUAUACUGGGAAUCAGCAGGAGUUUAAGGAGAAUAUGAAGACUAAUCACGUCUGUAAGACUUCAUUCGAUUUACUAGCAUAUGAUAAUGAAGCUAUUACAGAGAUUAAUGUAGUCGACAACAGUGAAGCACAUGAAAGUAUUGAUAAUAAGAGGACGGUAAUAGAAUCAGAAAAUCAGGAAGUAUCUAUCCCACCACUUCCACCAGAAUUGCAGUGGAUACGUGAUACUUCAAAAGAAAUUAUCGGCGUCGAUUUUCAAACAGUAAAGAAAGGUGAUGUAGAAACUCCAUUAAGUGAACGUAUCAUUUUCGAGGCAUGUAAGGGAUUUAUCAAACAUAUAUUGAGGAAAUCUGUUGCCGUAGCUGCGAAGGGUUCCUCUUCUUCAGUCAUAGACUAUGUUCUGGUUCCAUCUCAUAUUCAUGCUGCAAUCAAAGAAAUUGAGAAUUGCGAUUUCAUUACCAAAAGCUGCUUGGGUCAAGAAAUUGCUGCCAUCAAUGAACUUGAAUCAUAA